AGAGUGCAGCAAAGUCACUGUUAGUGUUUGACACAAGAACUCGUUGGAGAGACUGGCUGUCCACCACUGCAGUAGGCCUACUGGACUUGGUCGUGUUACCACAGAGAGAGGAGGGAAAAACAGACUCUAACUCCUACACAGGGGGCACCCACAUUCAGCCUGUGAUGUUACUGACGCACGGUUGAUUCUGAACACGAGGAGGAAGGAGUGCUGGGACGGGGGCUGUUGAUGUCUGGCUGAAGCAGACUCGCACACCGCUGCCUACUCAGUUGGCUGGAUUUAGUGCUUUGGAAGGAGAGCAGUAAUGAGAUUGUCUCUGAGAGAGUAAGAUGAGCUGGGUGAACCUGCAAAAACUGAGUGAUCUCUGACGGAAGACAACAGGCAACACUGCUGACUGUGGAGACAUUUUCUUCCUUGCUGGCAUCACUGAAUGGAGAGGACAAGAGUGGAGAUAUUCAUGCCUGAUGAUCUGAUGGAAUACAUUGCUCCUAACCAAAUGUGAGGUUAUUAAGGGCGACUGAAGCAGGCAAAAUUCCAUCAGGAUUCUAAAAUGUCUAACAAGACAUUCAACAUGUCCACUGACCACGUUGAGAGCACUGUUCCUAUGCCUCAUGGAGGCCUGCUGCCGGGCCACUCUCCUGAGAGUCAUUACUCAUCCAUGUCCCCGUCACCUGACUCCGACAGUAGUAUUUCCAACUUGAGUGACAGAGAAGCCAGCAGCUCCCCCGACAUCAACAUGCUGGAGUGCUGCCUCAGUGAAGGAUCCCCUGUGGAUAACCCCUGCAACACCACCUUACCACAGGGUGAUGUGUUCUGUGGUGUAAACACAAACCUGAACCAGACUUUUAUUGCCACACCCGUUAAUGGCAGCUUGAAUUUCUGGAAUAAAAACUUGAGUGCGAUGAGCAACCAAGAGACAGGAGCCGAGAUGUACCAGACUUUUAGUAAAAUUGCAGAAGAUGGAAGUAACACUGCAGUGACGUCCCCAGACUCUGCUGGGAGGGAAAGCCACCUGGGUUCAUGUGAGACUUCCCGUAGAGGUUCCACUGAGAAUGACUGCUGCUCCCUGAGCUCUGGGGAAAUGGUGAUAAGGAGAAACAGUUUUUGUCUGGAAGAACAGUCACUCUUAGUAGUCUCCUCCCUGGAGGAGUCAUCGGUCUCUCCAGCUGCUGGCCAUCCAGCACUGCCUGCUGAAUCUAACUUUCUGUCAACCACCCUGCCAGAUGUCUGUGAAAAAUCUACAGAAAGAGCCAUGGAGGAAAACAUGGGCCAUCCAUGUCUUAGUAUGACUUUCACUCAGCCAGACAACUUGGAGCUCCCCAACGAGGAGAAUGACAGGGCAACAUGCGACUCUCUUGUAGCUCUUCCAAGUGGGAAUGAAGGAGGUCUUCUGAUGACCUUUGUCUGUGAAACAUCUUCUGGAGACAGUGGAAAGGAGGCUCAGUUUGCUAGUGUUGAAGCAGAGCUGUUGGCCCAUUUCCCUGGAGCAAUUACACCAGAACAAGGGAAGACUUUUGUUUCCACACUGUCAGCUAUGCAAGAAGCUGACAAGGAUAUUCAUACUUCCACUCCAGUGCAAAACACUGGGAACAAGAUACCCAGCCUUCCCUCCUUUUCAGUGUCUCCCUGCACUGGAAAUGCAAGCAGCCCAGGACUCCAUCCUGUUAAAUGCCAGCCAGUCCCCGUGACUCCUAAACGUUUGGUUGCAGGGCAGCCACCUUUAGCUGGCAAAGUCAAGAAAAUGGAAAUCAAGAAGUUUCCUAAGUCCGACUUGAGUAACAUAAAAUCUAAAGUUGUGACAAGGCCUUCGCGUCCAAUGGCAGCCCCAGGCCCUGCUUUGCAACACAAACCAUCACCAGUUAAUGUAACUAAUAAACACACUGAAGCACGUAAAGCGGCAACUAUCAGGACUAGUCCUGCCAAGAUAAGGGGCAGCACUGCAGUUGUCUUAACCCCCACUAAAAUGGUCAGUGAUACUCAGACACAAGUGAAUACAGGGGCUGCCAACUUGGGUGUGACAGUGAUACGGUCAUGCGGACAUACUGCUGUGGACGAACAGGGCAAGAGUAGGUGGUCCCCACCGGACCAGACAGCUGCCGGUAAACAUCCUACAGCAGUCCAAUGCAGCAGUGCCAGCUCUGAAACAGAGCAGGCAGCCUCAAGCCAAGUAGCAGACGCCUCAGUACAUCACGCUGGCAACCAGACCUUCUGCUUCUCAUCCUUAGAAAAAUCCCUUGAUAGAAGUGGCCAAACAGAUCCCAAACCAGCUCCAAAGAAGGACAUGUCAGACAAAAUUGAGGUCAGGUCAGGCUCAGCUUCAGGCCAGGACAAGCCUCCUGUCUUUAAAACACGGCCUCGCUGCUCAUCAGAGAGUUCAUCAACAUUAUCAAGGCCACCCAAGGUGAAGAAAACAACAAGGUCCUCAACAAGCUUUAUCAUUCCCAAAGAUGACAGCCACCUGCAGCCGUCCAAACCAGAGAAUCUGAACUGCUCCUCCCAGAAUAAACAGGACGUACAAGCUGAGGCCACAAAGGGACCUGCUGAAAACUCUGCUAGAGCAGUUAAGAAGAUCAGCCUGUUGGCAGAGUCCAGCAAAUCCACAGCAGCAGGAGCCUCAUGGGGUGAGAAUAAGACCAGAUUUCGAGGACGACCAUCUCCUAGACAAACAAGAGGAGCACCACAUUCACAACUUCCAACUGUCAGUCCCAGACCAACCACUCUGUCCACCAGGCAGAGCCAGGGAACCCGGGGCAGGGAUGAAUGCAGGGCCUCCAAACCUGUAGUGACACCCCAGUCCAAGCAGAAGAGCAUUACAGGCACUCAGAGAGCACAGGCAACGGGAGACCCAUCCCUUGGAACUGCCUCAGCAGCAAGUAUUAAGCCCCAGCUGAAUGGAUCCCGACCUCCUCAGAUGUCCACUCGUCCCUAUCUUAUGGGGCCUCCCCCUACUCCCUCCUCUAGACUUCCACGCAAGACCCUGGGGCCAUCCAGGAGCCUCACUGAGGCCAGUGUUCACAGUGAGCUCAGUGAAGGCUCUGGGAGUACACAAGUUUCUGGAGGAACUGCACAUAAACAAACCCCACUGAAAUCUGUUGUGCUGAAGGCAAAGCUCAUCUCAACACCUGGAAAAAACACUGGACAAACUCUGACCACAGCGUGCAAGCCUGCUGCUUCCACCAGUAAAGGAGCUUCAAAUUCUACAGUCAGUUCUCUGAAAAGAACAGUUUCUGCAAGACAUGUUCGUAAAGCUUCAAGUGGACCUGUGGACAAGAACAAACCCAAGGCCAGCUCCCACCAGCAACACCCUCAGCAGCAACCAUCCCGACCAAACCAGAGUCAUGGACCUCCGGAUGUGGUGCCAGCGAGUGUCGCCAAGGGUGAGAGUAAGGACCAGAGCAUCCAGCAGCUCAGAGGACUCCUCGCAGCCAGUAACUGCAGAUUUGAGGCAGUCGCCAUCGUCUUGCAGCAAGUUUUGACUAAGCGCGAUGAAGCCACGAGGCAGUGCAGGGAGCUGUCCCAGGAGCUGGUCAACCUCCGAGGAGAUCUGGCUUGCUCCAUCCAUUCAUCCGAGCGUUUGGAGAAGGAGAAGGAGGAACUGCGUGUUGCUCUGGAGGAUGCGCUGCAGAAACUGCAGGAGCAGCACCAGAAGGACAUGGCUGAGCUGGAGCACAGGCUACAGGCCUUCUAUCAGGCUGAGUGGGACAAGGUCCACCUCACUUACCAGGAGGAGGCUGACAAGUGCAAGACUCUCAUGCAACAGCAAAUGGGAGAGCUUCAAGCCAAUCAUGAAGCCAUGAAGCUGGAACUGCAGAGCGGCCACGAAGAACAGCUGCAGUGUGUUAAACAGCAGUAUGAAAUGUCACUGGAAGAGCUCAGGAAAGUUCACAAUGUGGAGCUGCAGACUUUGGACAAAACUUUGAAAGACGCAGAAUCUUCUCUCUCUGAAAAGAUUCAAGAGCUGACUGUGGAGAACAGUGCCCUAAUAGAGAAGCUAACAGCAGAGGAGAACAGGAGGAAAGAGCUGGCCGAAAAGAGUCAGAAGGACUCCCACACCCUCUAUCUGGAGCAGGAGCUGGAGAGCCUCAAAGUGGUGCUGGAUAUCAAAAACAAACAACUCCACCAGCAGGAGAAGAAGCUGAUGGAGAUCGACAAACUGACGGAGAAGAAUGUGAAGUUGGAUGAAAACCUUAAGAAGGUCCAGCAGGAAAAUGAGGACCUCAAAGCCCGCAUGGAAAGACACGCUGCCUUGUCAAGACAGCUGUCCACAGAGCAGGCCAUGCUGCAGGAGUCUCUUCAGAAGGAGUCCAAGGUGAACAAGCGUUUGUCCAUGGAGAACGAGGAGCUGCUGUGGAAGCUCCACAAUGGAGAGCUGAGUAGCCCCCGCAAGGUGUCCCCCACCUCCACCUCCCCCUCCCCCUCCCACACCUUCAGCCUCCAGUCACCUCGCAGCUCCGGCCUCUUCUCCAGCCCUCCUGUAUCACCCAGAUAACGAUGGGCCCCUGCUUCCAUGAAGCAGACCCUCUGUGCGAGUUAUCCCUCUAGAAUUUGGAGCCAUGUUUGUUUCCUGUUCGCUUAGCAACACAACAGCCUGACCAUGGCUCCUUCAGGGUCGGAUUAACUCUUUCUGUACAGAGACGCUACAGACUGUAAGAAAAAAAAAUUGUUGCACAGAAGCACUUACUAAGCAAGGCCACCUUGUUCUUUGCCUUUCACAUCUGAAACUAUCGAUGACAGAAAAGGAAAAUCUCAGGACUUCUAUGUAAUGAAACACUAUUUUUGUUACUUGUAGUUGUUGGCAGAGGCUUGUCUUUCCUGAAGCUCAGCACACGCACACAUAUAGUACAUGCAGCAAAAAAAAAAAAGAAAAUACACACAUGCAUGCAUAUGUAAA